AUGGAUGAUAUAUCACUUUUUCCCAUUUCAAAUGGAAAUUAUUAUUCCAAUGAUAAUAAUAGUGAAAUAUCUGAUGAAGAUGAAAAUGAAAUAGUUCAACAACAACAAAUAUCAAUUCAAACUGAACGUGGCGGCCGUCGAAAAGGUGUUCCACGUCGUUUACAAUUAUCACCUGAAGUAAUUAAAACACCAACACAACGUCUUUUACCAUUAGCAUUAUCAAAAUCAUCUUCAACAAGUGUUCAUCAUCAUGAACAACCUAUUCUAACAUCAGAUCAAGAAGAUCAAAAUGAUAUUGAAGAUAUUUAUCAAGCAAAUCCUAAUGAACAAAAUUAUUUACAAUUAGAUUUUUUAUCAAAACAUUUAGUUGAUAAUAAUAAUAAUCAUGAAGAGAAUGAAGAUAUUUUGGAAAUUGUUGAUGAUAUUUUAGCUGAUAUUGUAACGAUUAUUGUUAAAGAUAUAAAAGAACAACGACAUAAAACAAUUAUUAAAACGAAUGGACAUUUUAAUCAUAAAAAAUCAAUAAAUGAAAAUCAAAAAAUGACUAAUGAAAAACAUACUUCCAAUGGUUUUAGUACUAAAUCUCAAUCUCAACAAUCAACAUUAUUUAAUGAUCUAACUAAAACGAUGCAAAUAAAUUCUCAACAACAAUUAGCUAAACAUAAAUUAUCACCAACAUCAACAUUUUCAUCUCCACCAUCAGUUAAACGACAAAAAAUAUCUGAAACAUCAUCACAAUCAUCAAUACCUUUAUCAAUUCAACAACAACAUCAACAACUUUUAUGGGAAAUGACACAACAAUUAAUGAUGUCAUCAACAUCGAAUGAUGCUGAUAGUCUUGCAGGAGUUAAUUCAUCUUUACUUAAACAACAAUUACUUGGUUUAACACAACCUGAUGCUAUACCUAAACGAGCAAAUCGUCCUUCGAAACCACAAACACAUUCACCAGGAAUAAAUUCAAAUACAAAUAUGAUUCCACCAUCAUCUCAUACUUCAACAAGUCCAUCACCAUUUGAUCGUGGUAAUUUUGCUCCAAGACGACGUGGACGACCACCUAAAUAUGUUACUGAUCGAGGACUUGCUGGCCUUUCUGCACUUGAUCUUGAUCCAUCAACAUUAACAUCAUCUUAUGAUCAACUUUUUGCAGCUAUUGAAAAUGGUAUUACUGCAAGUACGGAUGGAGCAUCAGCAGCAGCAUUUCAAACAGCAUUAGCAUCUAUGCUUGGACAACAAGCAGGUUUAUCAUUACCACCCCCUCCCAUGCCAAGAAAUGGUACUCCAGCAUCAAUGGUUAAAAAUUCUGCUGGUCAAACACGUCAUAGUUUACCAGCAUCAUCAAUGAGUAAUGCAUCGAAAUUAUCUCAUGAUAUUGGAAGUAGCGGACUUGACAUGCCAUUAAUGGCAACGAAAAAACGUGGUCCUGGUCGACCACCUAAAAGUCAGAUGUUAUUUGAUCCACAUCAAAUUUUACAAACAACACAACGAUUAAAUUCACCAACAAAUAAUAAUUUUCCUCCAACAAUGGUAUCAUCAAAUUCAUUUAAUUUAAAUGCUGCUUUUGUUGAAAUGUUACAACAACAACAACAACAUUAA